UUUCAAGACAGCCGGCAUAAACUAUGUGUACCAAAACUGCUUCAGAUUGCGACCACUAGAGCUCUUCUCAUUUGCACUGCACCUCAUUAUCCUUUUCUUUCCUCUUGUCCAUCUCGCCUUCUUCAGUUCUUCUCUCUGGGUCCUUUGCAAUCCUCUGUACAUGGCCCUUGUACCCUCUGCUGCAGCUGGCAGCGGUGCGCUGCAGGUGUUUGCGUCCCAUGUCGGCCUAGGUGAUGGAGUCAUUGCCCUUGAGGAGAAGCUGAGGAACGCCAGCCUGGUGCUGGGUGCUGCCCGGCAGAUCGAGAUCAAGAAUGAGGCCCUGGUGGAAUCAUUGCCGGAGCUGCAGCAUUUGGUGUAUGACGCUGAGGAGGUGCUCGAUGAGAUUAACUACUUCCGCAUGCAAACGGAGCUUGAUGCUGAUAUGGAGAUGCUUGAUGAGACUGAUAUUGAUGACUGUUUGUGUGAUGCUGACGUGGAGAUGCUUGAUGAGGCUGAGGAUUGUGUGCGUGAUGAUGAUAUCAAUGGAGGCAGUGAUGGUAGCAGUGAUAAUUCUGAUGUUUCUAAUCUUGUUGAUAUUGCAGAUGUGGCUGAGCAUGAAAACAACGCGUUGGUCCCUGCAUGUAGACACUCUAUUGUCCGUGCCACGCGAAGGGUUGAGUUUGACAAGGAUGAAAUAUUGCCUCAAAUCUGUGAAAUCAGUAGAUCGUUGGGUCAAUUCACUAAUGAUGUAUGUAAAGCACUCGAGCUGGAGGAGCUGGAUCACAUUGCAUUGGCAAAGCGGGGCACUGAAAACAAAAGGCGUUUGACGACACCAUAUCUUACAGAAGCUAGGAUAUAUGGAAGGGAUCUUGAGAGGGACCAAAUCGUAGAGUUGUUGAUGGGUGAUGAGCGUCGUGAGCAGAACCUCGCAGUUCUACCUAUUGUAGGUAAUGGCGGCAUUGGCAAGACUGCGUUGGCACAAUAUGUGUGCAGCGAUCCCAGAGUUGAAGCUUAUUUUGAUACUAUGAUAUGGGUAUGUGUCUCCCUGAAUUUUGAUAUUGUGAGACUUACCAGACAGAUGUUAGAGUGCAUAACAGGAAGGGACCAAGGAGGCAGUGCAAAUUUGACUCUUCUUCAGGGGAUGCUUAAAGAAGAAGUUAAGGGCUGCAGAGUCUUACUAGUUUUAGAUGAUAUAUGGGAUAUCAAGGACAGCAGCGAAUGGAGCAGGCUUGUGGCUCCAUUGGGAUUCAACCAACAAGGGAAAGGCAGUGUGAUCUUAGUGACCACUCGAAGCCAGUCUGUCGCCAAGGCUGUCUGCACAUUGAACCCAAUUGCAUUGGAUGGUCUCAAGAAGGAAGAUUUCUGGGAAUGCUUUAGAGCAUAUGCAUUUGGUAAGGAAAAGGGUAACAAGAAACUGUACUGUGUUGGUAGGCAAAUUGCUGAUAUGUUAAAGGGUUACCCACUAGCAGCUAAGAGUGUAGGUGGGCUACUGAGGAAAAAUAUAAAUUUUGACCGCUGGACAAGAAUUUUUGAGAGCAAGGAGUGGAUAUCACACCAAGAUACUGACGGUAUCAUAUCAAUUCUGAAGAUCAGUUAUGACUAUCUGCCCUUCCAUCUGCGACGAUGCUUCUCAUAUUGUUCAUUGUUUCCCAAAAGUAAUCAAAUUUAUGUGGAGGACUUGGUCUAUCUUUGGAUAUCUCAAGGAUUUGUUUAUCCUGUGGACAAUAAUCGAAGGCUUGAAGAAGUUGGAUUUGAAUAUUUAGAUGAUUUAGUGAAUUUGGGCUUCUUCGAGAAAGUGGAUGAAGACAGAGCCGAUAUCCACUACUUAAUGCAUGAUUUGAUGCAUGAUCUAGCUCAGGGCGUUUCAUCCAAAGAAUGCUUCAUCAUUGAUGGUUCUCAGUGCCAACCAAUGCCAUCAACAAUCUGUCAUUUGUCUAUAAUUGCUUCAUCUCAAUAUUCAGACUUUGAGAAAGAUUUGGUUGAACUGGAUACAGUGCAAAGAAAGAAGCUCAAGUCCUUAAUGUUGUUUGGCAGUUUUGGUUCUACAUUUGUCACAAGAUUUCACUUCAUGGCCAAUGUGAUAUGCAAUCUGCGUUCAUUACGGAUAUCAGGAAUUGAAGAUGAUGGAGACAUCAUAUCUGGCUUUGGGCACUGUAUUCAUCUUCGCUAUCUACGAGCAACCAGACAAGAGUCUGACAAACAUAACCCUUGGCUUGAGAGAUAUGAUCGGCACUUCCCUAAAGAAUUGUGCAGACUUUACCGCUUGCAAUUCCUGAAUGUAGGAGUAGACUGUUAUCUUUCUAACUUGACAAAAAGCUUCUCCAGUCUUGUCAAUCUACGACAUUUCAUUUGUCAUGAGGAAAACCAUUCAGAGCUUUCGGUUAGUAAAUUAGCCUCUCUUCAGGAGCUACGCCAGUUUAAAGUCAGAAAGGAAGCUGGUUUUCAGAUGGCGCAGCUGGCAAAUCUGUCAGAGCUUGAUUCUCUAUCCAUUUUUUGUCUCGAGAACCUCAAAACCAAGGAAGAGGCAAGCAGCGCCAGACUCCUGGACAGGGAACACUUAAGAAGCUUGUGCUUGAGCUGGGAUGCUAGUAGGAUAUGUGCUAAUCCUGAUAUAGAGAAAGAGGUACUCGAUGGACUUCAACCACAUGCAGAGUUGAACCAUCUCCAGAUCAGUGGGUACAGGAGUGCUUCACCUCCAACAUGGUUAGGAGAGGCUUCACCACUUAUCCAUUUGCAAUCGAUCUACUUAGAAGACUGCCUGUCCUUGAGAACUCUACCGCCUUUUGUGCACUUGAAGUGUCUGAAGAAACUGCAUUUGUCCAGAAUUUGUGGUACACCUGAAGUGUUAACUCGUUCUUUAGAGGAGUUGGUUAUUGAGGAAGUUGAAGAGCUAGAAAGAUGGGUCAUUGGAGACAAAUUCUCAUUACUAGCAUCUGAGCUGCAGGUGCUUGAAAUUAAAGGUUGCCCCAAACUAAGGGAGCUUCCCCUUUCAUGCUGCUCAUCUACCCAAACUGUGUCAGUUCAUUUGUUCCCUCUUCUCCAUCGUUUUAUCAUACAUGACUGUCCCCUGCUGAUGCCGUUACCACCCCUCCCUCUUGGACCUAAGGUAUUGAGAAUGACAAUUGUAAAUGUUGGGUCACCAUUAUAUCAGAGUUUGUCAUAUUAUCAGUUUAAAAGCUUAUCAUACUAUCAGACAUUGAUCUUGGUUGGGACUGAAAAACUGAUUACUCCAAAUGGAGUGUUGAGUUUGCAUAAUUUGGGAGCCUUGUCAGAACUGUCUCUCAUAAGCUGCUCAAACCUCACUUGGUUCUCUUGGGAUGAGGCAUUCCAGCAACUUAAGUCCGUGAAGAAAUUGAACUUUGAGGAAUGCCCAAAACUCCUCUCGAUGCCUUCAGCACAAGAGCAAUACUACAAGAAAGAUCACCCAUUACCAGCUCUUGAGAAGCUCACAAUCGAGUCAAGCUACAUCAGAGGGAAUCGGCUUGCUCAUGUUUUGUCACAUCUACCCUCUCUGUCCUACCUGGAGCUUAGAGAUUGUCCAGGGGAAGCAGGUGAUGAGUGCAUGCUGCUGAUUCCACUUGACUCCUUCAUAUCUUUAAAAGAGUUGUGCAUCACAAACUGCGUAGAUCUCUCUUGUGGAAACAACAAAGGAUUUACAGGGCUCACUUCCCUUGAGACGUUAAGGAUUGGAGAAUGUCCGAAGCUACUGUCCUCAUUGAUUCCUGAUGAGAUGGAAGAAGAGAGUCAAAGCUUGAGCAGAAGCAUCCUCCUUCCAUUAUCAUUGCAACGACUGGUGCUUGAUGGUAUCAGUCAAAAGCUGUUGCCUCUCUCAAGCCUCACCUCUUUGAAGGACCUUGGCAUAACCGAGAGCUCAGAUCUAGAAUCUCUCGAUCUGCAUGCAUGCACGGCACUGGAAGAGAUAAGAAUCCACUGUUCUGGGGCGUUGUCUUCUGUAAAAGGCUUACAAACAUGCAUCAGCCUAAGAUCUCUUGAAGUUUAUGGCAGCCCUGGCUUUUGGCUUGCUUGGAGUCAUGCAAUGCAAGAACUGGUCGGGGUAAAUCAUGAUGUCUUGUACCCACAACUGGAAAGGAUUUGGACAGAUGAUCUCUCCCUACUGACAAGCUGCUGCUGUAAAUAUCUCCAAUCCCUCGAGUGGCUAGGCUUUCUGUGUUUUGAAGAUGAUGGAGAUGACGACUCAACAAUGGAGGAACCAUAUGAAGCUUUCCCACUCCUUACCUCCCUACAGGAGCUGAACUUCGACUCGUAUAAAAAGCUUCGAUCCUUACCAGCGACACUGCAUCUCCUUCCUUCCCUCAAGAAGCUAGCAAUAAAAUCAUGUGAAAGCAUAGCAUCACUGGAAGAGCUAGCCCUACCAGCUUCCCUGGAAGAACUUUACAUCAGUGGUUGUGAGAGUCUGCAAUCCCUACCCGAAAAACUCAAUUAUCUCCCCUCCUUCAAGAAGUUAGAGAUUUCUCGUUGUCCAGGCAUCCUUUCUUUAAAAGAGCAGCACCUGCCAUCUUCCCUGGAAGAAAUUGUGAUCGAGUACUGUGAUAAUCUCCAAUCUCUCCCAGAUACUCUGCAUCUUCUGAGCUCCCUCAUCAAGUUAGAUAUUAAGUCCUGUCCCAGUAUUAAGUCGAUGCCAGAAAGAGGCCUCCCUCCUGCCUUAAGAGAAUUGUGGGUCUGGGACUGCAAUGAGGAGUUGAAGAAGCAAUGCGCAAAUAUUAGAAACAUCAAAAGAACAUUACAUAUAUGUUUCUAGCUGAGUUGGAAGUUUAGAAAAAAAUUAGCUGGGAGCCACAUGUUUCUUUUUGGAUAAGGCUUACGGAUGCAAAAGGUUGGAUCUAUUCACUGUGGUGUUGAUUGGAUCUAUUCACUGUGCUGUUUCUUCUACUCAAUUGUGGCAAACAAAUUACUUCAUGACACAUCCUUCCCAGCAAUGCUCUACCGAAUUGGAGGUUCUGCUGCUACCAUGCCAGGGUCACCUGGGUCAAAUUGGAUGGCACAACAACACAACAUUGAUCGGGUGGUUCGCCUCAUAAAAACAUUGAUCGGGUGGUUCGCCAUAGUUGAUGCUUCUGACUACUUGUGGCAGCACAUUUGACAGCUUGUACCGUUGUAGUGUCAUCUUGAUGUGUAAUGUAACAGUAAACACGAAGCAAUGUUCAGACAAACUGUACCAUUGGCAAUGAAGAAAUGUAGCCUCUCUUUAAGGGCCUAAUUAGUAGGGAUCUGGAUUCUUCUAGAAACAUUUUAGUUUUAGAUUAUCUCUGAAAAUAUUUCUAUGAAUCAUCUCUGGAGACCGUUUGGCUAGCUGGCCAGAUUCAAUUUUUUGA